AUGAAGGCAUUUGCGCUAGUCCUCGCACUCACCACCGCUGCGUUGGUACAGGGAAAUGCAUUCCACUGUGAAAAGAAGGAGACGGGAACUCUAGUCGGUUAUGUGGCUAACACCAGUGGCAAGAAGCAUGGGCACGAACAACCAUUUGCCUUCAAGCACAACCUUAUGUAUACAUCGGACAAGGAGGGUGAAGAAGUUGAAUUCUGGGAGUGCAAAGUACCGUCCGACAAGUACGGAUGCUCGAAGGACAACAAGAUGUUUGGUAUGCUUAAGCGCAAAUCCAAUCCGUCCAUGUGCGUGACGAGUGGUCGUGUGCUUCGUGGCAUGGGUCCCAAGGAACAUGGCUAUAGCAUGGCAUUCACAACAAUCCCUAAGGGUGCAAGUGACGCCGUGUCGUGGAAGCCUUGCGCGACGAAAGAGAGUCUGCGGCUGAGGCUUCAAUGGUUCUCCCUGGAACGUCAUCCGCAGAAUGGUUGCUCGCCCAAACUGUCAAUGGAGGGUUUCAAGUCGGAUAGCACUAUGACCUUGAUUACUGGAGACAAAAACAGGGCGUCCUUUGACCUCGUACACCCAUCUCAGGAGAUGCGGUCGCAUGCCUUCUUGAAGACAGGCAAGCUAGGAAACGAAUGCAUAUAG